AUGAGCAUUUCUAGCAUUUUAAACAAUGUAUCUUCUGAUAGAAAUGACAACGAAAGUAAUAAUGGUAAACUUGGUAAUGAUGAUAUCUGUAGUAGUGCUAGUAUCAUUGAUAAUAGUCUUGCCAAUAGUUUUAAUAUAGAAUAUUUGAUGGAGAUUGAUACACUAAUCAAACGUAAAGAUGGAAAAAUCCCAUUCCUUGACAUGACUUUCAAUUUUAAUUGUGAUCAUAUCGAUCAACUAAAUAGCAACAUUAAAUAUACAACUGAUGAUAUCUUUUAUGGAUCUGAUCUUACAGAGGUUGAAGAAUCUCCUAAAAAAUUAAGAGGAAGAAAGAGGAAACUAGAUAAACCAGCACCAUCAUCAUCAUCACCAAUAACAAAACAAAAAAGAAAAUAUGAUAAAAACCCCCCUGAUUCCAAUGUCACAACCGUCACAACUGCUGCUACAACUACCACAAUACCUUUUCCCACCACGUCAAACAUGCCCAACGCCACUGCCACUUUUACCUCAUCACAAUCUGAUGGGAAAAAAAAUAUUUUCAAAUGUAGAGUUCCCGGAUGUGAAAAAGUAUUUAGCUCAUCAAGCAACCGUAGUAGACACCGACGUUUAAAGCAUCCAGAAGAUGAUAUUGGAGAACUCCAUACAUCAAUGAAAUCAUAA